AUGGGGAAUAAUAAAUCCUGUAUAAAAAAGAAACCUCAAGACGGUCAAGAUUUUCGAUACAUUAACGGCAGGCGAUAUCAUAAUGAGGAGACUGCUUCCUAUUUACUAUCCUCGGAUAUGGAGGAAAUCGACCGGCAGCAACUACAACAUUAUUGUUUUAAACAUAUUUUCAAGUGCAAUGUGUCGGCUCCCAUAGAAAAGAAGCUAACAGAAGGUUCCAGAGUGUUAGAUGUUGGAUGUGGCACGGGAAUAUGGGUAUUAGAAUUAUCUUCGAAAUACGAGAAUUCGGAAUUCUUUGGAGUGGAUAUGUCACCUGUGUUCCCAUCCCAAAUAAAACCGUUCAAUUCGAACUUUAUUAAGGCCAACGUGCUGGACGGAUUACCUUUCUCUUCGGACGAGUUCGACUAUGUGCAUCUCUCAUUCCUGAAUGCCUCGUUUACUGAUGACCAAUGGCAGAAUAUUGUGAUACCCGAACUAAUCCGCGUUCUCAAACCUAAUGGAUGGCUAGAAUUUUACGAGGUUGACGUUGUUCAAAUAAAUGGCGGUCCAUUAAUUGAACGCAUUUCCGGAAGUUUACAAAAAUUAUGCUACAAUGCCGGCAUAAACCCGAGAUUACCAAAUCUAUUAAAACAAUGGUUAUCACCAUACAAGUGUCUCAAAGAUAUUGAAGAACUUGUCGCGUAUCCCUUUUUAGGAAAAUGGAAAGGUGAAAUAGUAGAUGAGCUUGAAAUUGAUAAUGAUUUGCCGGGGAAAUGCGAUGAUAAUGAUGACACGGGAAGAUGCAACACGGGAUGCGAAAAUUUCGAUAGUGAUUUCUCAAUCAAAAAUACCAACGUAAAAAGCAAAUAUGAGGUAGAACUUGGAUUGUUACUUAAGGAGGUCAUUAAAAUGUAUUAUACUUUAGAUGCUGAAAAUCUAUCAAUGUGCAUGGGAACUUCCAAAGAGGUGUUUUUGGAUAUGUUGGAGGAGUGUUUCGAGCGGGAAAUGUCGGAAUAUGACACAAGAAUGAAAUUUAUGAGGGUCAUGUGUAGGAAAGACGACACCAUUAAGAAAUAA